CAGCGCGGGGCCCCGGCGGCGGCGGCAGGACCGGCUGCGGAGCGGGGGGGCUAGCGCGGAUUUUGAGCUGAGUUUCGAGCGUUUCGUGUCUUUUUUUUUUUUUCCUUCUAGAAUUUCUUGUUUUUACUCGUUUUCCCGCGGCGCCCCGCGGAGGGUGCGCGGGCCUCCCCCCCACACCCCCGGGCGGGCACAGCGCACGGCCGGCCCGGCUCUGCCGCCCGCCGAUGCUCAACAUGACCGAGGAGCACGACAAAGCGCUGGAGGCUCCGUGCAGCCCCGCGGGCACCACCAGCUCCAUGUCCCACGUGGACUCGGACUCGGACUCGCCGCUCUCCCCCGCCGGCUCCGAGGGGCUGGGCUGCGCCCCCGCGCCCGCCCCGCGCCCGCCGGGCGCCGCCGCGCUGGGCGCCAAGGUGGACGCGGCCGAGGUGGACGAGCGCUUCCCCGCCUGCAUCCGCGACGCCGUCUCGCAGGUGCUCAAGGGCUACGACUGGAGCCUGGUGCCCAUGCCCGUCCGCGGCAACGGAUCGCUCAAAGCCAAGCCGCACGUCAAGCGGCCCAUGAACGCCUUCAUGGUGUGGGCGCAGGCGGCCCGCAGGAAGCUGGCGGAUCAAUACCCGCAUCUGCACAACGCCGAGCUCAGCAAGACCCUGGGCAAGCUCUGGCGUUUAUUGAGCGAGAACGAGAAACGUCCCUUUGUGGAGGAAGCCGAGCGGCUCAGGGUGCAGCACAAAAAGGAUCACCCGGAUUACAAAUACCAGCCCCGGAGGAGGAAAAGCGUCAAAGCCGGGCAGAGCGACUCGGACUCGGGGGCUGAGCUCAGCCACCACGCCGGCACUCAGCUCUACAAGGCCGACACGGGGCUGGGGGGCAUGGCCGACUCCCACCACCACGGCGACCACACAGGCCAGCCCCACGGACCCCCCACGCCGCCCACCACCCCCAAAACCGACCUGCACCACGGCGGCAAGCAGGAGCUGAAACACGAGGGCCGGCGCCUGGUGGAGAGCGGCCGCCAGAACAUCGACUUCAGCAACGUGGACAUCUCGGAGCUGAGCAGCGAGGUCAUCAACAACAUGGAGACCUUCGACGUGCACGAGUUCGACCAGUACCUGCCCCUGAACGGCCACGCGGCGCUGCCGGCCGAGCACGGCGCCAACGCCGCCUCCUUCGGCGCCUCCUUCGCGCACUCGGGCGCGGCCGCGCAGGUGUGGACUCACAAGAGCCCGGCCGCGGCCUCGCCGGCGGCGGCCGAGCCGGGCCAGCAGCGGCCUCACAUCAAGACGGAGCAGCUGAGCCCCAGCCACUACAGCGAGCAGCCCCACGGCUCCCCGGCGCACUCCGACUCCUACGGCUCCUACGGCGGCCAGGCCUGCGCCACCUCGGCCGCCCCGGCCGCCGCCGCCGCCGCCUCCUUCUCCAGCUCCCAGUGCGACUACACGGACCUGCAGAGCUCCAACUACUACAACCCCUACCCCGGCUACGCCUCCAGCCUCUACCAGUAUCCCUAUUUCCACUCGUCGCGCCGUCCCUACGCCACCCCCAUCCUCAACGGGCUGUCCAUCCCGCCGGCGCACAGCCCCACCGCCAACUGGGAGCAGCCCGUCUACACCACGCUGACCAGGCCUUAAAGGAUUCCCGGAGCCUCCCGAGGCUUCCCUGGAAUUAUGCACUAAUGAAGGAAUGAGGAGGAAGAGCGUGGAGUGUUCCAAAGUGCCUCCUGAGCCGCUGGGAACUUUCUGCUGGUCGCCACCUUGCUUUGAAACUCCCCCGAAAGGACAGAGCUCUAUUUUUUUUU